GAAGAAGAAUGAGGAGAAAAGACGUGAUUUUCGCGUUUCUUUGAGGAUUUAUAAACGAAAAUCUUGCCUGCAAUCAGAAGUACUGCCCGCAUUUUUACCCCGAGGAGGUGACUCGUUAUUACUUCGGACUGUUUCAUCCACACCCAUUAAGUGAUUGAGAUCUUCAGUGAAGCUCCUCCUACAACAAUCCACCAAUAAAUGCUGGAGUCAAACACACAGAGAAAUCACUCCAUGUGUGACAACUGAAAUCUUCAUGACAUAUUGUAGAUGCUGGUGAAAGAGGAGCUUGAGAAGAUGACAGAUCCACAACCAUGCAGAAUAAAGAAUGAAGAUACUGAGGAACAAAUAGAUAUGAUAGAAGUGAAAGAGGAGAGUCAAGCUGAAGUGGAUGAGAAACAUCAGAAUCUAAAAAUAAUCCAUAACGUUUCACAGAAAGGAACUCUGAGAACAGAAGACAUAAAGUGUGAAAAUAGUUUCAGUGAAGAUGAACGCCCUGCAGAUCACAAGAGGACUCACAGUGAGAAGAAACCUUUCACAUGUCAACAGUGUGGAAAGAGUUUCAGAUCUAAAAGUAAACUUGAGACUCACCUGAGAACUCACACUGGAGAGAAACCAUACACUUGUCAUCUUUGUGGAAAUAGUUUCACAGUUAAAUCUAGCCUUACGAAACACAUGGGAAUUCACACUGGAGAGAAACCAUACACAUGUCAACAGUGUGGAAAGAGUUUCAGAUCUAGAAGUAAACUUGAGACUCACCUGAGAACUCACACUGGAGAGAAACCAUACACGUGUCAUCUUUGUGGAAAUAGUUUCACAGUUAAAUCUAGCCUUACGAAACACAUGGGAAUUCACACUGGAGAGAAACCAUACACAUGUCAACAGUGUGGAAAGGGUUUUACAUCUUCAAGUUACCUUAAGAAACACAUUAUAACUCACACUGGAGUGAAACCGUUCACAUGUCUUCAGUGUGGAAAGGGUUUCAGAGACAGAAGUGACCUUGAGAUUCACAUGAGACUUCACACUGGAGAGAAACCGUUUGCAUGUCCUCAGUGUGGAAAGACUUUUACAUCUACAGGUUACCUUAUGAAACACAUGAGGACUCACACUGGAGAGAAACCUUACACAUGUCUUCAGUGUGGAAAGACUUUUACAUCUACAGGUUACCUUAUGAAACACAAGAGAGUUCACACUGGAGAGAAACCUUACACGUGUCCUCAGUGUGGAAAGAUUAUUAAAACAAAAGGUUACCUUGAGACUCACAUGAGACUUCACACUGGAGAGAAACCGUUUGCAUGUCCUCAUUGUGGAAAGAGUUUUAUGUGGGAAACAAGUCUCAGAAAUCACCAGCGCUUACAUUCUGAAGAAAAGACAUUCAACUCUUCUGUGCAGUUAUGAGUUUAUUAUGAAUCAGAAGAUACACACGAGUGGUCAUGAGUGCAUAUGUAAAGUCUUACCGUGGGUUCACACCAGCCACGUUUGAGGCGUCAAAAUCGCGUCUAGUUUGCCGCUUGAACAUUAUGGGGCGGUUUCCCGGACAGGGAUUAGACUAGUCCUAGACUACAACAUUUUUAAGAGCUGUACAAACUAAAAAACAAAUUGCACUUACAUAUCUUAAAAUAAAUCAGUGCUCUUUGUUUUGCCUCAAAAUGCACACAGGUAUUUUUUUUUUAGUUAGGCAUGUUUGUUAAAACUAGUUAUAUUUCAUAAUUAAACUAAGGCCUAGUCCUGGAUUAAGUUUAUGCCUGUCAGGGAAACCACCCCUUUGAGUUUACUCACUUCAUUCGAAUGUGAAAUUCUAGUCAUCGAGACUUUCGGAAAUUUGCGUCAUGGGAGGGGCUUCUGCGACUCCGUUCGCUUUCUGUAAUCACUUCACUACUAGAGCAAGCUCCUGAUUGGUUAACGCAGCACGAUUUUCCGCCAAAGUACAAAUUUUUCAACUCGCUCAUUUGCCGCGGCAACUCCCAAUUCAAAAGACAGAAUCGCGUCAUACACGCCGCACUAAACGCCUCAUUCGCACCGUGAGACCUCGCACGUCUUCAUAUUGACUUAACAUUAAAAUCGCUCUUGCUUGACUGGUCUGAACGCAUCAUUAAGCUAGGGCCCACCAAAAGAUGUAUUAAAUCUUAUCAGACCAGAGACCACAAACAUGAUGAGAAAAAAUACACUUUAUUGCCAAAAGUUUUGGGACACCUGCCUUUAUAUGCACAUUAACCUAAAUGACAUCCCAUUCUUAAUCCAUAUGGUUUAAUAUUGAGUUGGUCCACCCUUUGCAGCUAUAACAGCUUCAACUCUUCUUGGAAGACUUUCUACAAGGUUUAGGAGUGUGUUUAUGGGAAUUUUUGACCAUUCUUCUAAAAGCACAUUUAUAUGGUCAGACACUGAUGUGGGACGAGAAGGUCUAGCUCGUAGUUUCCACUCUAAUUCAUCCCAAAGAUGUUCUACUGGAUUGAGGUCACGACUCUGUGCAGGCCAGUCAAGUUCCUCCACACCAAACUCGCUCAUUCAUGUCUUUAUGGACCUUGCUUUGUGGACUGGUGCACCGUCAUGUUGGAACAGGAAGGGGCCAUCCCAAAACUGUUCCCCCAAGUUUGGAGCAUGAAAUUGUCCAAAAUGUCUUGGUAUGAUGAAGCAUUAAGAGUUCCUUUCACUGGAAGUGAUUGAAACACCUGAAUUCAAUGAUUUGGAGGGGUGUCUCAAAACUUUUGGGAAUAUAGUGUAUAGGAUUUAUCAGUUUUGUUCCUAUAGUAUGUGGAUUGCCAGUAGGGUGGCCAUUCGUGCCAGUUCCGCCGGACACGUCCCGAACAUGUUUUCGGGUUCGUUCUCCAGAAGUCGCACGCAUACGUCAUCGAGGUUCUCACAUUUCAGUUAAAAUGCAUUAGAAAAUUAAGAUUUAUUUCUUUUAAGACAUAGAAUCAUUGUAGUUUCAUUCUUACCUUGAAAUGUAACGGUUGCUUUUCUGAAAUUAAACCCGAAAUAUUAAACCUUGAUGACGGAUGCGGUCGACCAACGCGACUUCCGGAGAACGAACCCGAAAACAUGUUCGGGACGUGUCUGACGGAACUGGCACGAAUCGCCACCCUAAUUGCCAGUAUGUGGUCAUCACAGCACACCUCAUAUCUUUGUUGUUUGUGAGUCUUGACAGAGAACAUAGAAGUCUUGCGAUGUCUCUCGUGGUCAAACAUGACUUCACAGUAAACAAACAUGAUGGAAAACGGUCAUAAAGAAAUGUCAUUAAUACUGUGGACUGCACCUCACUUUGGGCUGUUUCUGCUGCACCAUAACUGCAGCUGUUAUUGUUUCAUCUUUCAUCAGCUCGCUUUCUGUUUCAUGGUCUUUUGGGGGUCUAUAUGAUUCCAGACCCUCUUCAAAUAGUUAAAAACAUAUGCCGUGUUAUUUUUUAUUCUAAAAUUUUAUGACCGUUUCUAUUUAUCAGAUCAUUUUACAAAUGUUUUUUCUUGAUUAUCCAUUACAUGUGAUGCUGACCCCAGUAAUAAAAGUUAUAACUGUAUGACCACUAAAAUGAUUGUCACAUGCUUUGAAUCUGUUCGGGACACAGAACACUGUUAUCGUAGCAUUAAUAGUUGUGUUCAAAAAUAGCAUUGUACUAAUAAAAGUGAAUAAAGUGCUAAACAUGUUUAUUUACUUAUUUUAACACUGUUAAAAAUGUCUGUAGAAAUUACAGUAUUAUUGUCUGCUGUUUGCCAGUAACUUACUGUAGAUUUAAAUUUGUUAUUUACUUGCAACAGUUUGUUCAACUUUAAAUCACUAUUAACAAGUCUUUGUCUUUACAGAAUAAAACUAUUAAAUAAGAGCCUCAUGAAAAGCAUUCUGGAAACCAAAAUCUGAAUGAAAAAAACAGAAAAAGGUUGAUGAGGUUCCCAGAAUGCUUUGCAUGAGGCUCUGAAAGGUUUUUUCUUGAAAGGUUUGUUUCAUUUGUGCAAAUAACCUCACAGUGAAAAAAUCAAUAGUGUUAAUAGAGCUGUUAACAGACCAAUCAGUCUUCAUGAAAUGUUUUUGUCUCAGUCACAUCGUUGUUAAUAGAGCUGUUGAUAAAUAUCAUUAUUCCAGACUGAUAGUUCACAUUUACACCCAAUUCCUUAAUAGUGAUCUGAUCUCUUAAAGGUGACAUAGAAUGGUUGAACGGAGUAUUUAUCCUUGUUCUGUGAUGUGACAUGUAGACAAAAAAAUGUUUGUUUGGGUCUGUAAUGCCUUAGAAGCUUCCUACAAACCUCUCUCAGAUAGCUCUAUUAGGGUGGGGGAUUUCAAACAAGUGGUUUUGCACCUAUUUGGCUCCCCCUACUGGCUUAACUUGCAAUCUCAUUACUGAUUGGCUGACUUUGCUGCCACUCAAAAAAUGUAGCCAAUUAUUUUAAAGUGGAUGGGCAGUUGGAUGCCUGUGAUGUCAUAAGCAUCAGUUUUUCAGAUUGGGCUGUUUUCUGGCUGACAUUUCUAAAAGAGGAAUUUCUAUGAGACUGAGAUGUUUAGCAUGUUUAGCACUUUUUGUAUGUUUGUGAAUGUGGGUAGACUACCAUUAUUCAACAAAGACAAGGUAAAAAUGUUUUUUCAUUCUCUGUCCCCUUUAAGAUCUGAAAAAAUUACUCACAAAGCAAAUGUUGCUGAUUUAAAUAAGAUGAGGCUUGUAAAAUGCAGUUGUUAAGUACCAAGUAGUGUUGCUUUUGAUUUUCAAGUAUCUACUUUGUGUUUUUCUUUUACUAUAUUAUGUUUUCAUACACACAAAAUGUUUGAAUACUACAAUUUUACUGCAUUACCCCAUUGCAUUAAAAAGAUGGCUAUAACUUUUGUGUACAUUUUACUUUUUUGUACUGAAUUUCUUUAAUAUAUUUUCAUCUAAUGCCAC